AUGAAUACUUUAAGUUAAUGUUAAAAACCUUGUCUUUUAUAGAAAGAUAAGCUUUUGAAAGGUGCUGCUAUUGGAUAUCCUGCAAACGUUAACAAUGAUGAUAAAUAUAUAGACAUUUCAGGCAUUUACGAAAAUGAUAAGCUUUAUUUGUGCUGCGACUAAUAGAGAACCUUUGAUUUCUUGGAUGGCUUGAUAGUCCCUGAUUUUGUAAAUGUAAAAAGCUUAAAUUUAGAUGAUUUAAAUCAGAUUGAAGUCAAUAUUAGAAAAGAAGAAAACCCUAAUUAAUUUAAAAUUUAAAUUAAUCAUCGUUUGUUUUUAGAGAGUAGCUCUUUAAGUUUCAUCAAACAGAUAGCCAUAGGCAAAUAUGACUACUGUCUUAUAAAAAAUUGA